CUCGGUUCAAUGACAUCACUGUCGUCCAUGGCGUUGAGUAGGCAGUCUGAGACAGGCGCUUAGAAGAGGACGCCCGUGAGGUAUUCCAUGUGAUCGCCGUACGAGGGACCAUCUCUGGCCUUCGGACGACUGAGUACGUUAACAUCGCAGCACUAUAACCACCACCGCUUUCUACUCGGCCAACGCAUCAACUCGCUUCUAUGCUAGACAGUAACAGGGUGUCCGGGGAUCAUUGACACAGGCUCCUGUCGCCCACUUUUCUCCGCUUACCAGUCCUGAGGCUCAAACCGACGUACUCUGCGUCACCUCCUGGUACUCAUAUCAUAACCUGGCUGCAAGGGCACCACAUUGAUGGCAGAGGCCGGUCCUUCGUCUCCGGGUCGUACUCUCUCCAGUGGUACCAGCAGUCCGAACAUAUCGGCCAGGAGCCCGAAGCAGCUUCGCGUCCAGUUUCCCGCCGAUGAAGACGGGUCGAGCGCAGGGGAGAGUAUAUCCUACAGGCUACAUCCUAUUGGACUUGGCCCGCCACCAACGUCACGCAAGGCCAUUGCUAGCCCGGGCAGGGACACUCCUCCUUUGACCCGUCUCCAGGAUGAUGCGCGUCGGCGCGUUCGUUCUGCAGACGCGUUUCCCGCACUGGCAUCGCAGUCUAUGAUCCUGGAAGAUGGUGAUACAAACCGACAAGCGAGGACGUCACGACCGAACAGGAGGAGCAUCAGGAAAGACAGAGGGUUGCCGAAUUUGACUUUAGACAGCAGGGGGGAUCUUUCGCAGACCUCAGCGUUCUCAGACGAGUACGACCUUUCUCGUGAAGAUCCUAGGAUAGUCGAGGACGUUCAGCGCGCCAUUCGCCUGAAACAACGUCGUGAAGCUCGCAUCCGAUCCCAGUCAGUCCACAUCCCCAAUGGCGCACAAUCCAGAGGCGAACCUGCCAGAGGAUCCCGCUUGUCAUCCCCUAUACGCCUUCCCGACCAGAAUCCAUCCUCAACAGCGCCUUCGUCUGCUACUGGAAGUGUCGACUCGGAGGUCGACUUCAGUCCAUCGGUUGGCACGGUUCCCCUCCAUCCCGUGCCUUUGUCUGCGAACGACGGGGCGACGCUCGACUGGGCAGGCUCCGCAUCCGAAGAUGACAAGGACAAGCGGUGGCCGUUGCAUCUUCCCAAGCGAAAGCGGGACAAGUCCUCGGCAGCAUCCAGCCGGGCUGUAGUCGAGAAACAAGAGACCCUAUAUGCAGACAAGUUGGCUCGAAUAAAGGGCAAGGUCAAUGCUCUGACGUUGCGCAAAGCUGCCAUGACCAAAGACCAGCUGGAAAGGCGCUACCAAAUGUUACUACCCUCGCGAAACUCACGCACGGCUUCACUUAACCUUUUGGAGGUCGCGCGUUGGUAUGAUAGGCAGGAACCCGGUGCAAAGGCAGCUCUCGACAAAGCGGAGCCCCUAACGUGGUUGAAGCACCUUCUUGACAGGCGUCCUCAGCGGUUCCCGCGCCUUCCAUGGCAUCUCACCGCGCUCAUUAUGGAGGAGUUCGCGAAGACUCGCAUCAGCCAUCAGCCCAUGGCGACCAUUCCAGAAGACGGCAUUCCUCAGAAACCGCCCUCGCCGACGACGUUAUCCCAACAUGAACCGAAAUCACCAUCCAGUGGUUCGUGGUCCUGGAAUCCAUCCCCUCGUUUCCUGGACACGUCUGCGAGGCGUGCUUCCUACGAUCAACAGGUGUCGUUCGAACCGCAUGUCGAGUCAAGCCGCGACUCUAUCGGUGCAGAGUCAAGGCGGAGUAGCGAAGGCUUCACAAGACAUUGGAGAUAUUCCCUCCCAGUCGGAGCGACAGAAUCUGCGCCUAGCUCGGUCUACAGCGGCAAGCUCAACGGCGAGUCGCCGCAUAGACGACAUCAUCUGCGAAACCUGGCGAAGCGUAUCCGAGGCAGGGCAUAUGAUAGCGAAGACGCUACAUCGUCGAGGCGCAAUUCACUGUCGGAGCAGAGCAUGUCGGAGGAUGCCGGGCAGAAUAUGGUCAAGUCGAGGCCAUCUAGCAGGAUAUCCAGCUCGCGUAUUCGGUCACCGGAGAUCUCGGACCCAGAGAAGGGAGACACGAUGCUCACACAAGAGGGCAAACCUGAUGACGAGGCUGGGGUUGUGACCGUAGUUGUCUCUUCCGCACUACACGAUCCUGGUGACGGCACCCCAAGAGCCGAUGGCUUGAGUGCGCCUGCUGAGCCUUCCGUGUCGCCCAUGCGUCGUGCGAUUCCCCGUCGGAGAAUACGCACAUCUCUGCCUUCCUCGCAGCGAGUACUUCACGAGGCGAGGGAAAGACAUCAGCGCGAGGUUGAUGAAGCGAUUGAGCGCCAGCAAUACGAGCAGAAGGCCCAGAUCCUGGAAGAUGCUCGAUCACAGAAUCAUCGCACUCAACAACUCCUACAGCGCGUCGCCGCGAGCGUCAGAGAGUACGACUCUGUCCAGUCGGGCAUGAGCGCUGCCCUUGGCAUGCCGUUCGCCAGGCUUCCUCCGGACGUCUUAGAGGCCUUCUCGCGUGAUCCAUCCGCGUUUACAAGUGGCACUCGCCAUAGUCGGGGAUGGAGGGCGGUCGAAGACGUGCAUGACCGCGUAUAUCGACAACGCAAGAUCCUGCGCAACUUUGCGAAAGUGACUGCUAUCGAUUCCAGUGACUCGGAACCGUCCGAGAGUGUCUUCGAGCAGCCUAUGGAGUCGUUGACCAGGUCGCUCGCCGAGCUGGAGAAGCACAAAUCGUGCGUCGUCACACAGCUGGAGCAAGUCACGGAGCUCUUAAUCAGCGUACGACAUACGCACAAGGCCGUCAAGAAGGGCUAUAAUGACACGCUGGCUCAUACAUCGCUUGUAUAUCCUGAGCUGUCCUACGCAGUCGCUCUCGAAGAGAGUUAUCGCAAUCACUACCAACAACUUUGGGAUAUCGGUCUGGACGCGCUUACUCUCCUGCUCGAUACCGCGACUCCGUUCUGGCGCAACUACGGGAAGGUUAUAGGGAAGGACGUCCAAGACUUCCUGAUCGUUCCGUGGUACCGGAAUGAGUUUACCGGGGAGGCGAAGAGGUAUCCUAUCGAGUGCUUCCCGACCCGUUCGCUUCGACAUUGGGUCGGCUUGCUUUGUCUCUCAUUCCUCAGUCUCUGCGUCACGUUCCUGCAAAUCCGUGCCGCCUAUGAACUGACCCUGUACUGGGGCUUGCCAUGGAUCACCCACGCAGGGUUGUGGUCGCUUGUUUUCCCGUUCUACACGGUUGGCCUUCUGAUCCAAUGGUGCGCUGUGCUGCUCGAACUAUGCAUUGUCGCUGCGCAGUCGGGUGUCGUAGUUUGGUGGAUGGGUUGGAUUGUCAAGAUUUUCACUUAAGGGCUUUGGCAUGUUACUGGUAUGUUACUCGUAGUCUGCUGUUUGCGCAUUGCUGUCGUCGUUACGUUUGGCUAUCUUUAUUAUCUAC